AUCCGUCCCCCCCACCUCCCGCGGUGGCCGUGGGGGAAGGGAGGGCGGGGCUCUAGGACGUGGUUCUGUCCGCUGCUCCGCGGCUUUUGGUUCGCGUCUGCGAGGAGUCCGCGACUACCGCAUCAGAGCUGACGUGGGCGCGACGUGGGGCCGCUCUGAGCCGCGGUGAGGCUAGGCGUCCCCACCUCCUCCAGUUCGUAAUCAGUGACGAGUCCGCUACGUAAAUCUCUUUGCGGCGGAUAAAUAAAAAAGAAAACGGGGAAGGAGCAAAGGAUUGAUUACAGAUGUAAUAAUAAUGAGCAAAUGUAGCAGGAAAAAGUGUAUUAGGACAAAUGUAAGACAAAUGACCAUGGAAACAGUUGAAUCUCAGCAGGAUCGAAGUGCGGCGCUUUCUGUGGCAGAGUGCAGCUCUGCUCAUAAGCAGACUCAGACUCGUCAAAUUUCUGUUCCUACUCUGGCUCAGGUUUCUGUAGCUGGAUCAGGCACUGGAAGAGGCUCCCCAGCUGUGACUCUAGUACAGUUGCCUUCGGGCCAGACUGUACAGGUCCAGGGAGUAAUUCAGACAUCACAUCCAUCGGUCAUUCAGUCACCACAAAUACAAACUGUUCAGGUAGCAACAAUUGCAGAGACAGAUGAUUCUGCAGAAUCAGAAGGUGUAAUUGAUUCUCAUAAACGUAGAGAAAUCCUUUCACGAAGACCCUCAUAUAGAAAAAUACUGAAUGAACUUUCCUCUGAUGUGCCUGGUAUUCCCAAGAUUGAAGAAGAAAAAUCAGAGGAAGAAGGAACACCACCUAACAUUGCUACCAUGGCAGUACCAACUAGCAUAUAUCAGACUAGCACGGGGCAAUACAUUGCUAUAGCCCAAGGUGGAGCAAUCCAGAUUUCUAACGCAGCAUCUGAUGGUGUUCAGGGACUCCAGGCAUUAGCAAUGACAAACUCAGGAGCUCCUCUGCCAGGUGCUACGAUUGUACAGUAUGCAGCACAGUCAGCUGAUGGCACACAGCAGUUCUUUGUACCAGGCAGCCAGGUUGUUGUUCAAGAUGAGGAAACUGAACUUGCCCCAAGUCACAUGGCUGCUGCCACAGGUGACAUGCCAACUUACCAGAUCCGGGCUCCUACUACGGCUUUGCCACAGGGUGUGGUGAUGGCUGCAUCACCAGGAAGUCUGCACAGUCCCCAGCAACUAGCUGAAGAAGCAACUCGUAAGCGGGAGCUGAGGCUGAUGAAAAACAGGUAA